GAUGAGGGAAAAUCAUUGAUUGGCUGCCUCCUGCAUGCCCUGAAACCCAGACAUGUGCCCUGACCAGGAGUUGAACCGUGACCUCCUGGUUCAUUGGUUGACGCUCAACAUGAUGGUGAACAUAUAUGCUGAACUCACGGGAAUCAAAUGGCGUAGGUACAAUUUUGGAGGGCAUGGGGACUGUGGACCCAUAAUUUCAGCCCCAGCCCAAGAUGAUCCAAUCCUGUUAAGUUUCAUCCGCUGUCUGCAAGCCAACUUGCUGUGUGUAUGGCGUCGUGAUGUCAAACCAGAUUGCAAAGAGUUAUGGAUAUUCUGGUGGGGAGAUGAACCCAACUUAGUGGGCGUAAUACAUCAUGAACUGCAAGUUGUGGAAGAGGGACUCUGGGAAAAUGGCCUUUCCUAUGAAUGUCGGACGCUACUCUUCAAAGCAAUCCACAAUCUGUUAGAAAGGUGCCUAAUGGAUAAGAACUUCGUUAGGAUUGGGAAAUGGUUUGUUCGACCAUAUGAAAAGGAUGAAAAGCCAGUCAACAAAAGUGAACAUUUGUCCUGUGCUUUCACAUUCUUUCUUCAUGGGGAAAGUAAUGUAUGCACAAGUGUGGAGAUUGCCCAACACCAGCCAAUUUAUUUGAUCAAUGAGGAGCAUAUACACAUGGCUCAGUCUUCACCUGCACCAUUUCAAGUACUGGUAAGUCCUUAUGGAUUAAACGGCACGCUAACAGGCCAAGCAUACAAGAUGUCCGACCCAGCCACCCGUAAGUUGAUAGAGGAAUGGCAGUAUUUCUACCCAAUGGUGCUGAAAAAGAAAGAAGAAUUGAAAGAAGAGGAGUUGGGAUACGACAAUGAUUUCCCUGUGGCAGUCGAAGUAAUUGUUGGUGGUGUCCGGAUGGUUUAUCCUUCAGCUUUUGUUCUGAUCUCUCAGAAUGACAUCCCAGUUCCUCAGAGCAUUGCCAGUGCUGGAGGCCAUAUUUCAGUUGGGCAGCAGGGACUUGGUAGUGUGAAGGACCCAAGUAACUGCGGGAUGCCUCUUACCCCGCCCACCUCUCCAGAACAGGCUGCCACAGGUGAGAGUGGAGGUGCUCAGAGUGCUGUCAGUCACUUAGGUGCCCAAGAUGGGGGGAUGAUAACUAUGCACAGUCCAAAGAGAUCGGGGAAGAUUCCUCUAAAACUCCACAAUCAUAUGGUCCAUCGAGUCUGGAAGGAAUGCAUCCUCAACAGAACGCAGUCCAAGAGGAGCCAAGUGUCAACUCCAACUCUUGAAGAAGAGCCUGCUAACAAUCCUACUACUUGGGAUUUUGUGGAUCCAACCCAAAGAGUCAGCUGUUCCUGCUCUAGGCAUAAACUUUUAAAACGUUGUGCCGUAGGAACCAACCGACCUCCCACAAUAUCUCAACCAGGGUUCAAUGCAGGACCAUCAUCAUCUUCAUCUUUACCACCUCCUGCUUCUUCUAAGCACAAAACAACAGAAAGACAGGAAAAGGGAGACAAGUUGCAAAAGAGACCCUUGAUACCAUUUCACCAUAGGCCCUCUGUGGCCGAAGAGUUAUGCAUGGAACAGGAUACACCAGGGCAGAAGCUAGGGUUGGCAGGGAUAGACUCCUCCUUAGAGGUGUCCAGCAGUAGGAAGUAUGAUAAGCAAAUGGCCGUGCCUUCCAGAAACACAAGCAAGCAAAUGAAUCUGAAUCCUAUGGAUUCACCUCAUUCCCCUAUUUCCCCUCUGCCACCAACACUCAGCCCUCAGCCGCGAGGUCAGGAAACGGAGAGUCUGGACCCACCAUCUGUCCCUGUGAAUCCAGCUCUCUAUGGAAAUGGGCUGGAACUCCAGCAGUUGUCUACUCUGGAUGACAGAACUGUCCUCGUAGGCCAAAGACUGCCUCUGAUGGCAGAGGUCAGCGAGACAGCCUUAUAUUGUGGGAUUAGGCACUCAAACCCGGAGUCAUCAGAUAAGUGGUGGCAUAGUUUUUGUCUCCCACCCAUUGAUGAUGUUGAGUUCCGGCCUCCAGAGCUUCAGGGUGAGAGGUGUGAUGCCAAAAUGGAGGUAAACUCAGAGAGCACUGCAUUGCAAAGACUCUUAGCACAACCUAAUAAACGGUUUAAAAUCUGGCACGACAAGCAGCCCCAGAUGCAGCCACUCCACUUCCUUGACCCAUUGCCUCUCUCACAACAACCUGGAGACAGUUUGGGAGAAGUCAAUGACCCAUAUACCUUUGAGGACGGUGACAUAAAAUACAUCUUUACAGCAAACAAGAAAUGCAAACAAGGGACGGAAAAAGAUUCCCUGAAAAAGAAUAAGUCAGAGGAUGGAUUUGGUACCAAGGAUGUCACUACACCAGGUCAUUCCACGCCGGUGCCUGAUGGGAAAAAUGCCAUGUCUAUUUUCAGUUCUGCUACUAAAACAGAUGUCCGGCAAGAUAAUGCUGCUGGCAGAGCUGGCUCCAGUAGCCUUACGCAGGUGACAGAUUUGGCACCUUCCCUGCAUGACUUAGACAACAUCUUUGAUAAUUCUGAUGACGACGAACUUGGGGCUGUAUCACCUGCACUUCGUUCAUCAAAAAUGCCAACAGUUGGGACUGAAGACAGACCUCUUGGGAAGGAUGGAAGAGCUGCUGUUCAUUACGCACCAACAGUUGCAGACCUGCAAAGGAUGUUCCCCACCCCUCCUUCUUUGGAACAGCACCCUGCAUUUUCUCCUGUGAUGAGUUACAAAGAUGGGAUCAGUUCAGAGACAGUGACAGCAUUAGGCAUGAUGGAGAGUCCUAUGGUCAGUAUGGUUUCAACACAACUCACUGAAUUCAAAAUGGAAGUGGAAGAUGGCUUAGGAAGCCCUAAGCCAGAGGAAAUAAAGGACUUCUCAUAUGUGCACAAAGUUCCAACUUUUCAACCUUUUGUGGGAUCUUCCAUGUUUGCUCCACUGAAGAUGUUGCCGAGCCAAUGCCUGCUACCUCUGAAGAUACCUGAUGCCUGUCUGUUUCGGCCUUCGUGGGCAAUCCCUCCUAAAAUUGAACAACUGCCCAUGCCACCUGCAGCCACUUUCGUUAGAGAUGGCUACAACAAUGUGCCUAGCGUCGGGAGCCUAGCAGACCCAGACUAUCUGAACACACCACAAAUGAACACACCAGUGACGUUGAACAGUACUGCCCCAGCCAGCAACAGUGGAGCAGGAGUUCUGCCAUCGCCAGCAACCCCUCGCUUCUCUGUCCCCACGCCACGAACCCCCAGGACCCCAAGAACUCCCAGAGGUGGGGGCACUGCCAGUGGUCAAGGGUCUGUUAAAUAUGACAGCACCGAUCAGGGGUCACCAGCCUCUACCCCCUCUACCACACGGCCCCUUAACUCUGUGGAGCCUGCCACCAUGCAGCCAAUUCCAGAAGCCCACAGUCUCUAUGUCACCCUGAUUCUCUCUGAUUCUGUGAUGAAUAUCUUUAAAGACAGAAACUUUGACAGCUGUUGCAUCUGUGCCUGCAACAUGAACAUCAAAGGGGCAGAUGUCGGGCUUUACAUCCCCGAUUCUUCCAACGAGGACCAGUACCGCUGUACCUGUGGGUUCAGUGCGAUUAUGAAUCGCAAACUUGGUUACAAUUCAGGACUCUUCCUGGAAGAUGAGUUGGAUAUUUUUGGGAAGAAUUCUGAUAUCGGUCAGGCUGCAGAGAGGCGCUUAAUGAUGUGUCAGACCACCUUCCUUCCUCAGAUGGAGGCAGCCAGAAAACCCCAGGAGCCACCUAUAAGCCUUCUCCUCCUCCUCCAGAACCAACACACACAACCUUUUGCUUCACUGAGUUUCCUGGACUACAUUUCCUCGAACAACCGCCAAACUCUUCCCUGCGUAAGCUGGAGUUACGACCGGGUGCAAGCAGAUAAUAAUGAUUACUGGACGGAAUGCUUUAAUGCCUUGGAGCAAGGGCGGCAGUAUGUGGAUAAUCCCACAGGGGGAAAAGUGGAUGAAGCACUGGUGAGAAGUGCCACUGUGCACUCUUGGCCUCAUAGCAACGUGCUGGACAUCAGCAUGCUCUCCUCCCAGGAUGUGGUCCGUAUGCUGCUGUCCCUGCAGCCCUUUCUCCAAGACGCCAUCCAGAAGAAGCGCACGGGCAGGACCUGGGAGAACAUCCAGCACGUGCAGGGCCCGCUCACCUGGCAGCAGUUCCACAAGAUGGCAGGCCGGGGCACCUACGGUUCAGAAGAAUCUCCUGAGCCGUUGCCCAUCCCCACCCUGCUGGUAGGCUAUGACAAAGACUUCCUCACCAUCUCGCCAUUCUCCUUGCCGUUUUGGGAGAGGCUGUUGUUGGACCCAUAUGGGGGCCACCGUGAUGUUGCCUAUAUUGUGGUGUGUCCAGAAAAUGAGGCCUUGCUCGAAGGAGCCAAAACUUUCUUCAGGGACUUGAGCGCUGUAUAUGAGAUGUGUAGGCUUGGGCAGCACAAGCCCAUCUGCAAAGUGCUACGUGAUGGGAUCAUGCGUGUGGGGAAGACUGUGGCACAGAAGCUGACCGACGAGCUUGUGAGUGAGUGGUUUAACCAGCCGUGGAGCAACGAGGAGAAUGACAAUCAUUCCAGACUCAAACUUUAUGCGCAAGUUUGCCGCCAUCACCUAGCACCUUAUUUAGCCACUCUGCAGCUCGAUAGCAGCCUGUUGACGCCACCUAAGUACCAGAACCCACCAGCAGCAGCACAGGGACAAGCUACUCCUGGGAACACUGGACCUUUAGCUGCAAAUGCAGGGUCAGCAGCUCCCUCCGCUGGCGGUGCAUUUAAUCCCACCUCCAAUGGCAGUUCUGCAAACCCUGCAGCAAGUAGUUCCACAUCUGGUUCCACCGUGCCACCGGUCUCAUCGUCUGCCUCUGCUCCCGUCGUUAGCCAGCUAGGCACUACCUCUUCGUCAGGAUUCAGUGGUAGUGUUGGAGGGCAGAACCCCAGCACUGGGUCCAGUUCUGCUGAUAGAACGCAAGGGAACAUAGGCUGUGGUGGAGACCCUGAGCCUGGGCAGAGCUCCUCUCAGCCCUCACAGGACGGACAAGAAAGUGACUUUCUCUGCAGUGUUACAGAGAGGGAGAGAAUAGGAAUUCCCACGGAGCCUGACUCCGCAGACAGCCAGGCCUAUCCUCCAGCUGUUGUCAUUUACAUGGUGGACCCCUUCACCUACACUGCAGAGGAAGACUCUACCUCUGGAAACUUUUGGCUGUUGAGUUUGAUGCGCUGCUACACAGAGAUGCUGGAUAAUUUACCUGAGCAUAUGAGAAAUUCUUUCAUUCUCCAGAUUGUGCCUUGCCAGUCCAUGCUGCAGACAAUGAAGGAUGAACAAGUUUUGUACAUUCAAUACUUGAAGUCCAUGGCAUUUUCAGUGUACUGCCAGUGCAGGCGACCUCUGCCUACACAGAUCCACAUUAAGUCCCUCACAGGGUUCGGGCCUGCCGCCAGCAUUGAGAUGACCCUCAAGAAUCCGGAGCGGCCCAGCCCAAUCCAGCUUUACUCCCCUCCUUUUAUAUUGGCCCCAAUCAAAGACAAGCAGACAGAGGCCCCAAACAAAGACAAGCAGACAGAGCUGGGAGAGAUACUUGGUGAAGCAAGCCAGAAAUACAAUGUGCUCUUUGUGGGCUAUUGUUUGUCUCAUGACCAGCGCUGGCUUUUGGCUUCCUGCACUGACCUCCAUGGGGAGUUACUAGAAACCUGCAUUGUAAAUAUUGCUUUACCAAACAGAUCACGGAAGAGUAAAGUGUCUGCACGUAAAAUUGGACUGCAGAAGUUAUGGGAAUGGUGCAUAGGUAUUGUCCAAAUGACAUCUCUACCCUGGAGAGUUGUUAUUGGGCGACUCGGGCGUCUUGGCCAUGGGGAGCUUAAAGAUUGGAGUAUCCUCCUUGGAGAAUGUUCACUGCAGACAAUCAGUAAACGGCUCAAGGACAUGUGCCGGAUGUGUGGAAUCUCUGCCACAGACUCUCCUUCUAUCCUUAGUGCCUGCCUGGUUGCCAUGGAGCCCCAGGGGUCCUUUGUAGUGAUGCCAGAUGCUGUCACAAUGGGCUCUGUUUUUGGCCGAAGUACUGCACUAAACAUGCAGUCAUCUCAGCUUAACACCCCUCAAGAUGCUUCUUGUACACACAUCUUGGUAUUCCCAACAUCUUCAACCAUCCAAGUGGCUCCAGCCAACUAUCCCAAUGAAGAUGGGUUUAGCCCCAACAAUGACAUGUUUGACCUUCCAUUCCCAGAUGAUAUGGACAAUGACAUUGGCAUAUUAAUGACUGGGAACCUCCCCUCCCCCAACUCCUCCCCGGUCCCUUCCCCCGGCUCUCCUUCUGGAAUCGGUGUGGGCUCUCACUUCCAGCACAGCCGGGUUCGUUUUGGAGCAGUACAACGCUCUGUCCUGGCUCACGUGCAAUCCGGCCACCCAGGACCGCACCUCCUGCCUUCCCGUCCACUUUGUGGUGCUCACUCAGUUGUACAACGCCAUCAUGAAUAUACUCUAACGGAAAAGCACUUGUCCUCUGGCUCAGUUCCUUCUCCUGCAGCCUCAGUCACGGAGCCUGCUGCCCUCUGCAGGUGCCCGCCCUCUUCCCGAGACCACUGCGCAGCCUGCACUGUGACUCCUCCGCAGGCACGUCUUGUCUCUGCAGUGCUCCUUACAGAGUGACUCACAGACACUUCCUCAUGGACCCGGAAACGUCCACAGCAGUGACUCCAGCCAGGGUGUGGCGUGGGCACCCCGGACCCCUGGCUCAUGGGAAGUUUCAGCUGGUGUUGGUUUAUAGGAGGGAAACAGAAGAGAUGGUAUCCUUUUGCACACAAGAGUCUGUGUUUUCAGUCUCUGUCUAAACUAAGGGUAGUUUAGCCCUUUGGAUGAAAUCCUCUAGUUAUUGGUGUAUGGCCUGUGGGUUACCUGAACUCCAUAUUCUAGGACUUUUUCAAAAUGAGAACCAGCUCAAGUACAUGAUUUCACCGUGGGCUUCUCUCCCAGCACGCCCAUCGCGAGGGGCGUGAGUGCUUGGCUAACUUCAUACCUGUGUGUAGAUACAAAAGUCUGGAGACAUCUUCAUUUUGUUUAUUUAUUUUAAAUUGUUUUGUCAUAGGGUUUUUGUGACUUUUAAUUUUUUUUUUUUUAAUUUGCGAGGACCAGGUACAGUAGCUGAAACCCAACUCAGACCCACUGUAGGAUUCUUUGACUACAUACCUCUGUCCUAAGAACCAGAAAAGGAGUGAAAACAAAUUGGGGAGGUAGACCUAAAAAGUAAUAUAUUUCUAACCAUCCAGCAGCAGGUUUUGCUCAGAACAAAUUGGGUAAGCAUUCUGCCCAUUCCUUGUUAAAGUGGCCAGCGUUUCAUGAAGGAUAACAUUUUAUACAGAAGGCAGUCAAGCCCAACCUAGAGCCAUGGAGGCACGCACCUUCCUUAGUUUUAUAUAGUCACUAUGGAGAUAUAUUUUCUAGUGAAUUCUUAUUGGAAGCCAGGUCUCUCCUCUCAUUAGAUCAAAGGGGACUCAUGUACAUAUUACAAUCGAAAGUGUUUGCUCAGAAAAUCAGUUACAAAUAUGGUGAAUUUUUUCUGGACCAUAGUAAUAUUAUUUCAAAGAAAUAUUACAGCUUAACCAUUAAAUUAGUACUUGAAGUUAAGCCUUCAUGGUGGGACUUUUUUUAAAAAAAUGCCUUUUUAAAGCAUUAGUGGCUAAUUGAAGUAUUUUAUGACUCCUCAUUCCAGGCCCGAGAGGGUUGUCUUUCAGAUUCCGUUUCAGCCCUCGCUGGCGGUGUGUUGUCAGAGGGCGUGUGGGGCUGGCCCGCGAGGUGCUCUCGCCAGGCCUGGGCGCUAGUCGUCUGUGCAGAGAACCGUGCAAACUACGAACGUUCUUCCAAGAGACUGCCAUGUCCUGGGUGUUAACUGAAAGGAAAAUGUAAUAACAAUAGGAUUUUGUAAAAGUAUUUUUCUUGAAAUAAUCUAACGUUUAAAACAUUAUAUUAAAAAAGUGGUGUGGUGGGAAUGUGAAAGCAGAGAAAUAACUUGUAAAUGGAUAAUUUUGUUCUCUGUUCCACCAAUUGAGGGGGGGUUUGACUUUCGCAAUGUAUAGGUUUAAAAAAAUCUGAUAUAUCAAAACCAUUUGUAUCUAAUGUGUACAGUGUAAAAUUGACUUUAAAAAUAUUGCAGUGCUAUUUUUUCUUAAUCAGAAAGGAAAAAUUCUCAAGGCCUUUUGAAGAGCAUAAGAUGAUGAAGAUUGUAAACUUGUAUAAAAUUAUCUUGGUGAGAAGACAAAUUGUAAAGUAGAUAUUUGUAAUCUUUUACCACUUUGGGGUUGCUUUUUUUUCCAGAAUUCAUCAGAACUUUGAAUUUUUUUUUAAUGGGCUGUUUUUAAUGCAGGGGCUUUUCUUCCCUAGAAACCCAAUUCUAAGCAAAAAAAGAAAAAGAAAAAAAACACAAAAAACAAAAAAACCCUACAAAAAUUAAAAAAAAAAAAAAGGCAGCAAAGGGUAGAUUUCAUCUGGUGUCUUUUAUUUAAGUUUUUUAAGUUAAGAAAAGCUGGUGACAUAUUUAUACGUUUUUGUGCAAAAAUAAAUGAAUGGCAAUAGAUUUUAAAAAAUCUUAUUAUGUACUUCUGUGUGAAAGUCUGUAUAAUAUUUCCCUUAAAUAUGCAUUAUUUUACUUGUGAGUUUUUUACUGAAUUAAUCUGAAAUGUACAAGCCCUGGAUUUGCUACAGAGUGAGAAGUUAUUUUAUUUUUUUUUAAUUUUUAAUUUUGGCAAUCCUGCAGAAAUCAGAACUCUUACCAUGGUUUGAACUAAAAAGGGGAUUCGGGCGGGAGGGGGGGUCCAGCAUGCCUGUAUGUAUAUCUCAGAGCCUUUUUUAAAUGUAAAAGCUGUACAUUUCUGGGAAGUUCUGAAUUUUUUUGUUUCCUUUUUUCCUUCAAGCAUUUUGCAGUGAGCUUCUUUUAUAUAUAGCAAACAAUUUGAAAGAAUACAAAAAUAUGUGAAGUUCAUUUAAAAAAACCCUGCAGUAUAGCGCUGGUACAGUACACUAAAAGACUUUGAUAAAAGAAACAAUACUGAAAGGCCUCCAUUUUAAAUGUCAUUCAUAUAUACCUUGUGAAUGAGAGCUAUAUACUUUUACACACUUUUUUAGAGGAAUAAAUUAUUGAAUUACUGA